UGACUAGUAAGCGACGCGACGCGACGCAAGCCGCACGUACACCGACGUCGCGUACAUAUAACGUAGCGUAAAAUUCGCGUACACACACGUAAAAUAGUACGCCGUGCUAAUAAUUCGAACAUGUGUUUGUGUAUUAAAGUGAUGUUUUAAUUCUGUCCUCUGUAUUUUUUUUUCUGUGUUUGGAAAUUCCGAGAAAUUGAUAAAACAAAAAAUGACGACAAAAUCGAAACGACUGGGAUUUCAGCUGAAGACUUUUAUUUUGAUAGCCUGGUUAUCAAUCCAGAGCGGCGAUGGGUACAGCUGUCCCUACGGCCAGCAUUGCGCUCUAGAACCAGCUCCUCCGGGCAGGACUCCGCCCUGUGCACAACCUGGCCUUACCUACUGCGUGCACCCUGAUCCUUACCCAGAAAAGAUAAUCCGCCAACUAAUAGAAGCAGGACAAUACGACAUCAGCACUCUACUAUCAGACGAAACUCGAGACGAGUUUUCGCUGAAAAAAAACGACUACCCCUACGACUACGGACCCAAUUCGUUGCCCCACGUCGACCAGAUAUCCCUGGUCAAUGACGCACAUUUUCAAAAAAGCUAUAAGUUCCAUAUGAGAUAUAACCAUGACAUAUUUUCUCAGAAGACACCGCUCCAGCCUCCGACAGCCGGAGACCCGACUCCAUACAACAUCAAGGAUUAUCACGCAGGAAACUUCUCUAAAUUCAAUCUACAUGAUUACUCCCCAAACGGUAACUGGAACCCGACCAGGAAUUUUGGCAAUUAUGACAACAAGAAGGUCCUGAGACAGGGUCUGGUGAAUGAGGACUUCUUUAAGCCGACCAAUUUUUAUCCGAACUAUGAGAGCAAUGAGUGGUUUCGUCCGUCAACUGCUGGGGUAUCACAGUAUAAUCCUCAUGAGUGGUGGAAAUAUACAUCACCAUCCCGCUCCGUGACCAUAGAGAGGUCAGUGACGUUCCCCACUCGCACGUCAACGGUGCGCAGGCGCAAGAGGAACGCUGAGUUGGUGAAAGCGGCUGAAAAACGAACUUUAACAGGAGCCGAGGCGUUAAGGAUAGCUUUAGGACUUGCUAACGAAGAUUCUUCCGCAGAACGCCGCCGUCGACAAGCAGCAACACCAAACACGCAGACCCUGUGCUCCGUCCGAACUGAGUUCAUACCUAUCAGGGCAGCUCUCAAUAACAAAGGCAACUGGAAAUAUGUGGUCAACAUGCCCAAUAACAUGUCACAACUCGUCCGAGCUGAGGUUUGCACAUCUACGUCAUGCAGUGGGAUAUGCACAGUACCACCUGGAUAUACUUCUCGGUGCGAGCAAAAAUAUAUUCAAAAACGUUUGGUCGCUCUUCAGUCAAGCGGACAGAAUCUUUACACAGAUGUAUUUUGGAUACCAAGCUGUUGCCAAUGCACAUUUACCGCUACUUCAAAUUGAUUUUACGCUUUGACUACACAAAUGUGAUUUAUUAUUAAAACAAAAACUUUCUGAGUUAGUUGAAAGUUCCGCUACUUGCUACUAGAUGGCACUACUAUAGCUAAUGUGUAAGAUAUUACAAACUGCCUUUUGCAUGACAUAGGUGUAUUUAAUUUUAUUUUAAAACAAAAUAAUGAAGCAUUUUAUUUCCAUUCUUUUAAUUUUAAAGGCAGAGUAUUAGAAGUUACCUAAAAUAAGUAGUUCUUAACAAUUAAAGUAUUAAUUUUGAAGUAUGAUUUAGAAGAUUUGUAAAUAUUUGUUAAAUAUAAAUGAUAGUAAGAUAAUGUUUUUUGUAUUGUAUUUAAGAAAUUUCAUUUUUCAAAUGACAAUAUUGCCCAUAUUAUUGCUUAAUAUUUGGAAAGAUAUUACGUAGAUAUGAUUUUUUGUAGUACAUAUAUUAAUUUACAUUCGUGUAAAAUUCAAUAAACAAAAAAAA